UUUCAAACGUUUCCUAUGAAAAACAACUCCACCUGAUCAGUAGUUCUCUCUUUUUUUAACUUAAAAAAACUUUUCAAACAACAACCCAACAAUAACCCCCCCCCCCAAAACCAUGCAUUACUGUGUGCUGAGCGCUUUUCUGCUGCUGCAUCUGGUCACGGUGGCGCUCAGCCUGUCUACCUGCAGCACACUCGAUAUGGACCAAUUCAUGCGUAAGAGGAUCGAGGCGAUCCGCGGGCAGAUCCUGAGCAAGCUGAAGCUCACCAGCCCUCCGGAAGACUAUCCUGAGCCCGAGGAGGUUCCCCCGGAGGUGAUUUCCAUCUACAACAGUACCAGGGACUUGCUCCAGGAGAAGGCCAGCCGGAGGGCAGCCGCCUGCGAGCGCGAGAGGAGCGAGGAGGAGUACUACGCCAAGGAGGUGUACAAAAUAGACAUGCCGCCGUCCUACUUUCCCUCGGAAAAUGCCAUCCCGCCCACUUUCUACAGACCCUACUUCAGAAUUGUCCGUUUUGACGUCUCAACGAUGGAGAAAAACGCUUCCAAUUUGGUGAAAGCAGAGUUCAGAGUCUUUCGUUUGCAGAAUCCCAAAGCCAGAGUGCCUGAACAACGGAUUGAACUGUAUCAGAUUCUCAAAUCCAAGGACUUAACAUCACCAACCCAGCGCUACAUUGACAGCAAAGUGGUAAAGACGAGAGGAGAGGGAGAAUGGCUCUCCUUCGACGUAACGGAUGCUGUCCAUGAAUGGCUUCACCAUAAAGACAGGAACCUGGGAUUUAAAAUAAGUUUACACUGUCCAUGCUGUACGUUUGUACCUUCUAAUAAUUACAUCAUCCCAAAUAAAAGUGAAGAGCUAGAAGCAAGAUUCGCAGGUAUUGAUGGUGCCUCCACAUAUACCAGUGGUGAUCAGAAAACUAUAAAGUCCACUAGGAAAAAAAACAGUGGGAAGACCCCACAUCUUCUGCUAAUGUUGUUACCCUCCUACAGACUGGAGUCACAACAAUCCAGCCGGCGGAAGAAGCGUGCUUUGGAUGCGGCCUAUUGCUUUAGAAAUGUGCAGGAUAAUUGUUGCCUGCGUCCACUUUAUAUUGAUUUCAAGCGGGAUCUUGGGUGGAAAUGGAUACACGAACCCAAAGGGUACAAUGCCAACUUCUGUGCUGGUGCAUGCCCAUACUUAUGGAGCUCAGACACUCAGCAUAGCAGGGUCCUCAGCCUGUAUAACACCAUCAAUCCAGAAGCUUCUGCAUCUCCCUGCUGUGUAUCCCAAGAUUUGGAGCCACUAACAAUCCUCUACUACAUCGGCAAAACCCCCAAGAUCGAACAGCUUUCUAACAUGAUUGUCAAGUCUUGCAAAUGUAGCUAAGGUUCCCGGCCAAGUGACCAGACAAAAAUCACAGUGACAACGACGACGACAACGAUGAUGAUGAUGAUGAUGAUAAAUGAUGAUAAUGAUGAUGUCAAUGAUGUUCACCACAAGAAAACACAAGAAAGCCUUGGUUUAUCAGUGUUAAAAAUGUUUAGAAAAAGCGGUACCAGUUUGUGUUCUGUUUGUUAAAACUGGCAUUGAAAAAUAACAAAAACAAAAUGGAAGGCUUUAUUCCACAUUUCACCUCCUUGUUAAGUGAGAGACACAAGAAGCAAAAUCUUUGUUUUUAAAGAAAAAAUAAACACUGGAAGAAUUUGUAAGUGUUAAUUAUGUGAAAGAAAACAAACAAAAAAAUCAAAAAACAAAGCAAAAACCAGGAAAACCUGUUCAGUGGAGUUCUUGUCCAUACCUUUGCUAUCCCACACCUCACUUGAUUUUUCUAUAUUGCUGAGAAAUGAGCAGCCACCCUUCCCAGCCUUAGAGUUAAGCGUGAGUUAUUUAUUGUGUGUUGCUAUAUAAUGAACGUGUCAUUGCCCUUGAAAAAUAAAACAGGUGUAUAAAGUGGAGACCAGAAAUGUAUGGCUGGCUGAAGGAAUUUGAACUCAAAUGAGCCAGAAAAAAACAAAAAGGAAAAGAAAAAAAAAGAAAGAAGAAAAGAAAAGAAAAAAAAAGAGGUCACAUUAAUGGCAGGAAUAUCCAAGUGACUUAUUACAUGACCAGAGCUGGUCUGCAGUAAGAUGAAGAUACUUGGAACACCUGCUUUGUACCAACUGGCAAAGGAAACUUUGUGUAAGGUUCAAACACUACAAUGCUUAUGUUAAUAAAGAAAACUUUCUGUCAGAAUAAGUCUGUUAGAUUUUUUCUUCCUUUUAAUUGUAAAUGGUUCUUUUGCAGUUUAGCAAACCAAUGAAAUAUGGAGAUAUUUUGACAUGUAUUGGUCAAACUUUGGAUCUUAAAAGUAGCGCUAUGCUACAGGAUUUUCCUUUGGAGAUAUAUAUAUAUAUAUAUAUAUAUAUAUAUAUAUAUAUAUAUAUAUAGCCUCAAUUGUAUUAUUCAAAUAGAUGGGCAUAAAAGGUAGUAUA